AUGGAGAUACGAUACGUCUUGUCACUAUCACAUUCUAUUGUUCAGGAAAGCAAAAAGCGAGAAUUUAUCUUCCUUCUCAUCAAUAAACAAAACUGUUCUCUUUUUGAAUGUUUUUGUACAUCUAUCUAUCUAUCUAUCUAUCUAUCUAUCUAUCUAUCUAAUAUCUCAUUCUAUCUAUCCAUUAUCUAUCUAUCUAUCCAUUCAUUCAUCUAUCUAUCUAUCUAUCUAUCUAUCCCAUUUUCAUUCUAUCUAUCUAUCUAUCUAUCUAUCUAUCUAUCUAUCUAUCUAUCUAUCUAUACCAUUCUCAUUCUAUCUAUCUAUCUAUCUAUCUAUCUAUCUAUCUAUCUAUCUAUCUAUCUAUCUAUCCCAUUCUCAUUCUAUCUAUCUAUCUAUCUAUCUAUCUAUCUAUCUAUCUAUCCCAUUCUCAUUCUAUCUAUCUAUCUAUUCAUUCAUCUAUCUAUCUAUCUAUCUAUCCCAUUUUCAAUCCAUCUAUCUAUCUAUCUAUCUAUCUAUCUAUCUAUCUAUCCCAUUCAUCAUUCCAUCAUUCAUCUAUCCAUCUAUUCAUUCAUCUAUCUAUCUAUCUAUCUAUCUAUCUAUCCCAUCUAUCAUUAUCAUCUAUCUAUCUAUCUAUCUAUCUAUCUAUCUAUCUAUCUAUCUAUCCUAUUAUCAAUUCAUCUAUCUAUCUAUCUAUUCAUCUAUCUAUCUAUCUAUCCUAUUCUCAUUCUAUCUAUCUCAUCUAUCUAUCUAUCUAUCUAUCUAUCUAUCUAUCUAUCUAUCUAUCUAUCUAUUUCAUUCACCAAUUUCUUUAUCUAUCUAUGUACAUAUAUACUCGGAGUAAAUUUACUCAAUAUCAAUAUCUAUCUAUCCCAUUCUCAUUCCAUCUAUCUAUCUAUCUAUCUAUCUAUCUAUCUAUCUAUCUAUCUAUCUAUCUAUCUAUCUAUCUAUCUAUCAUUCUCAUUCAUUCAUUCUAUCUAUCUAUCUAUCUAUCUAUCUAUCUAUCUAUCUAUCUAUUCUAUCUAUUUCAUUCAUUUUCUUUAUCUAUCUAUGUUCAUAUAUACUGGUUCAUUCUCUGCCUAUCUAUCUAUCUAUCUAUCUAUCUAUCUAUCUAUGUAUUUAUCUAUUUUAUUCUCAUUUUAUCUAUCUAUCUAUCUAUCUAUCUAUCUAUCCCAUUUUCAUUUUAUCUAUCUGACUAUCUAUACCAUUCUCAAUUUAUCUAACUAUUUAUCCCAUGUUCAAUUUAUCUAUCUAUCUAUCUAUCUAUCUAUCUAUCUAUCUAUCUAUCUAUCUAAUAAAUUUAUUUGA